UACCUUUAUGCUUGUUUUAACACCGUUGUUUUUACUCGGUUAACAAAUACAAGCUACUCGGUUGUUUUUGUAACAAAUAGUGAAUUUGGCAGUACCGAAGGAUAGAGCAAAUUUUUUGUCUACACUUGUAAAAAAAUUUCGCACAGGUACCAUAAUAGUCUAUCUUCGUAAAUGUAUUAUUUUCGAGUGACAGUCCGUGACAAAUAUUCCUUAUAUUUGGCGUCAACCAAGUUUUUAGAGUAGAAUUAAUAGCUGAUUGUUUAUCUGCAUAAUACUGUACAAAUUUUUCGCUGCAUAUUCAGUUCAUUAAAAUAGCGAGAGUUGGCAACAUCGGAACAUCUUCAGAAAGUAAACAAGCAACCAGGACGUGACUUGAAACUUUAUCUUAAGAAUGUGGGCGUGUCUUUAUGCUAAUUUACCACCACUCGGCAUCCGCUCAGCUGACGUUGGUUCUCGCCACAGCGCGUCAUGUGCGUGUAGUAGAAACAACAUAUUUUGUAGUCGGAAUAACACGAUAACAGACCAGUUGUUUGCUCAUUUAGCCUAGCGCUACAUGUUUUUUCUUCCUUCUCCAAAACAAUUUUAUAUUUGUCUUAUUUGUUUUGAGCGAAGCGAGUAUUCCGCAUGCCUGGUUUUUUGCAUGAUGUACAAAAUUACACUUAAAUGAAGAAAUGAAUAUUAGUAAACUUAUUCCCUACCGUCUAAUAAAUUAUUGCGCACUGAAACACCAGAAAUCAGUAAUGGCAUCCCUCCCUGCCAGUGGUGACGGAACAACCAGUAUCCAUGCAGGGCUGAUUUCGGAAGUGCACGAUAUUCCUAUGGAUGUUCUCAUUAGACCGUUUCCACCAGACGUCAAUGAAGAGAAAGUUAAAAGCAUAAUGGAGACAUUAGAGGACCCCAGCAAGCGGGCGCUGGUGCCGCCCAUCGACGUGCUGUGGAUCAAAGGCAGGCAGGACGGCGACUACUACUACUCGUUCGGCGGCUGCCACCGCUACACGGCGCACCGGAGGCUGGGGCGCCGGACCAUCAAGGCCAAGCUGGUGGUGUCCACCGUCCAGGACCUCAGGAGCUACCUGGGAGCCUCCACGCCCGACCUCAAGUAGCGGCCCCACUCAGGCUCUAUCCACGACACUAAUCUGUUACAUUGUGGAAAGCAUUGACUGCUGAGCUAGAACAAUGGAAGAAAGCUUUAAAGGUGACCGAUAGGUUUACUUGCCUUGAUAUGCCAAUAUUUUAAUAAUUGUAAUUUGAAAUUAUGUAUAUAUACAUAUAUAUAAAAUAAGAAUUUUGAAA